ACACUAAAGCAUGACCUUUAGAUUUGGCAGCAGCUUAAAAUUAUACAACACCACAGGAAAUGGGGUCUAGUAAUAGCAGUCUUGCUAACGUGUCUAGGGAUGAACCACUACAAAAGUUUGUCGGGAGCGAUGAAAUACCAUCUAAUAGCGAAUACUGGGGGGAAUUUUUGUCUUCGGUUGGCUCAUCAGCAAAUAGCAGCUCUCUCAUAGAUUUGGAGAAGCUAGACAAAAGUCUGUUAAGGGAUCUAAAGAAAAACAACCCUCAAUCUCGUAACAUUCCUAACUUGAUACAAUUUCUCAUAUCAAAAAUGUCCGAAUUAUUAGCCUCACCGGACGUAUGCGAAGAUACGAUACUAAUCGUCCAGAAUGGAUUACUUAUUCUACGUUUGUCGGCAAAGUACCUAAUGGAGCAUUGUUCUGAAGCUAGAUUUUUCUCUCACUUCUCCGUUAAUUCUCCUGAGGAUCCUCAUUGUUUAUCUGUGAUUGAAUGUUUAUUCCCUGUACUUUUCAGGCUUAUAACUAGUCUGCCUAUUCAAGACAAUACCUACUUGUUGCAUUGUGAAGCUCAUUUGUUGUGUAUAGUGUUACUUUCUCGACAAAUGUAUAAAGAGCUAUCAGCUCCUCUUCCACAGGUCUACGUUUCUGUUGUCUGGGGAAAGUGUGCUCCUCUUGCUCCUGCUUUAGUCUACCGACUAUUGUCUAACUUUUCUGAAAAUCGUCCUGUCCCAAAACUUUUACAUGGUAUAGAACAAUACAAUUUAAUAUGGCGUGCAGCAUCAUCUAUUGCAGGCGGUCUAGUUUCAAUCGUUACACUUGGUGGUUACUUCAGUCGCACUACUAACAACAGUUCAACAAAAUCUGAUAUAUUGAACAAUUCAAAUGUUUCAGUUUUUGAACCAGUCAAAAACGAUCCUUCUUCAGAUCUUUUAACAUCAGAAUCAACUAUCAAACCAAAUGAACAUUGUCAUCUAUUGUCAAAUGUCAGCUCACUACUUUUAUUGAUACUCACCACUCAGGCUGGAUCUAUUGAGAAAACUAUAUUAUCAACUUAUUCGGACAAUAAUAUUAAAGAUUCAAAUUCUUUGGGACGAAAUCCUUAUCGGGUAACACUUUUUUCCUUACAAGAUGAAUUUAUUCAAAAAAAUCAAGUGGAUUCAAUCAUGGAAACAACUCAUUUACUGCCAAAAUCAACUCCUCGAUUACAACCAGGUGGUGCUACAUUGAAUGGACAUCUAAAUAUAGUUACUCAAUCAUCAUCGCCACAAAUAAAUUUCUCGGCAAUCUGUGAUACAGCGGCUUUAACAUUGUCUCAAGACAGUAGUCCUUUAUUAUUAUAUCUUUUGAUACAUCGAAAUACAAACUUUCAUUCAUUCAUUAUGCAAGAUCGAGGAUAUGAAAAAUUGCUUCCACCAUUAUUAAAUAUUCUGUAUAAAUCUCAAUCACAUAAUUCACAUCUUGUCUAUAUGGCAUUAAUUUUAUUGCUGAUAUUUACAGAGAAUGAACAAUUUGGACGUGAUAUACACACUACUGAUAUCAAAUGGGUUCAGUGGUCAGCAAAUCGUCGACUUUCAAAUGUUUCUUACGGAAGUCUAACUGUAUUAGUGCUUUGUCGUACCAUUCAAUACCAUUUAAAUCAGUUAAAGGACAAAUAUCUUCAUGUGAAUAUUUUGGCAACUUUAGCAAAUCUAUCCCCUCGAAUUACUAAACUUCAUCCACAUGCUUGUGAUACACUAGUUGGUUUACUGGAAUUAUUAAUUAAACGUCAUAAUAAAAAUGUAGAGAUUCUGCGUAAAAUGUCCGAUGACAGUCGAUCACAAUCAGUUGCUGAAAUUACUAAACUUUUAUCUAAUACAUCACUUACAUCAUCCAAUACCGAAGAAGAAAUGAUUCAAGAAUUAGCUUUAUUGGAAGAAGUAAUUCGAAUGUUAUUAGAAAUUAUUAAUUCCAUUCUUACGCAUACAAUGGUAUCGAAUCCUGACUUAAUUUAUUCUUUGCUAUAUAAAAAAGAUUCAUUUGCACCGCUUCGUUCACAUCCAUCAUUUCAAAAUGUACUACAAAAUAUCGAUAUUGUAUUAACACAUUUUUCAAAGAAAAUUGAAUUUGAAUUAGGACCUCAACCAACUCAACCACAAGCUGUUAUGCAAGUCAUAAUAAAACAUGCUGGCAAUACACAACGAAGUUGUAAUUUAAAAAAAUUUCCAGAUUUGAAAUUUAAAUAUGUUGAAGAAGAAUCACCAGAUGAAUUUUUCAUACCAUAUGUUUGGUCUGUUGUACGACGUCAAUCGGGCAUACAUUUCAAAUCGGAAUCGCUAUUGUUAUUCUCACCACCGCAUCAAACUAUACACGAUCCAAUCGAGGAUGAUGAUAUCAAUGGGGAUAAUAUUAAUGAGAAUAAUAAUGCUAAAAUAAGUAAUGGUGAAUCAAAUCAUGAUGAAGUAUUGGCUUAAUUUUUGUGAAACAAAAUACUUUCCCACAACUCUGUGUUUGUUUGUUUAUUCGUUUUUGUUGAUUCUAUUGAGCGUAUUCGAUGUAUUUGACGAUGUUGGGAAUUUUCUUGGUUUUUUGUUUUCAGCGCUGCCUGUGAUGAAUAAUAUUUUAAUGGUUUUCUUUGGGGAUUUGUUACACUUUUUUCACUCUCUAUCUCUCUCUCUCUGUCUCUCUCUCUUCGUCACCUUUAUAUAUUUUGUUUUUUAGCUAAAAUUUAUUGUCCUCUCUUUUUUUUACGAAAUUUGUUUUCAUAUUUUUUUUCUAUAGGAAAUACAGUGUUUGAUUUCUGCUC